GACAUAAUUAUACAGAUGAACAAUUCACCACUGACCAUCGAAGAGACUGCUACAUUGUAGAAAAAAAAAACAAUUUAAUUAAAAAAAGAAACUUUUAAAAAAUGUGGUUGACACUAAUUGCAUUGGUCAUUGUGGCUAUAACUUUUAUAAUACGCAGGCAGUAUUCCUAUUGGGAGCGUCAAGGUGUGGUGUGUGAUAAAGCUGAGAUUCCCUUUGGUUCUCUAAAGGAUACGGCACUCGGCAAAAAGGAUGCCGGCUUUGUCAUUCAAGACAUUUACAAUCGCUUUAAGGAACGUUAUGUGGGCAUUUACUUCCUAUUUAAACCGGCUCUAUUGAUACGUGAUGUUGAGUUGGCGCGCAAUAUACAAGUUCAAAAUUUCACCAGCUUUCAUGAUCGCGGCACCGACACGUCAAUCACAAAGGAGUUAUUUUCGCUACGAGGUGCUGCUUGGAAGUCGUUGCGUGCAAAAUUGACACCACUUUUCUCCACUGGAAAGCUCAAAUCCAUGCUGUCGACAGUUAACGAUGUUGGUAAUACGCUCUUAAAUCAUUUGAAUAGUCAGUUAGAGGGCAAAGACUCAGUGGUAGUAGACAUGAAAGCUGAACUGACGACAUAUACGGUUGAUAUUAUUGGUUCAGUAUUCUUUGGUCUCGACAUCAAUAGCUACAAAAGUCCCAAGAACGAAUUUCGCGUAUUGAACGAUGAAUUACUCAAACCGUCGUGGUGGGUGGACAACCUGCAUGGUCUGGCGAGUUUCGUUUGCACGCCUCUCGCCAAGUUUAUGGAGUUCUUCGGUUAUAUGCCUCUUGGAAUCAGGCAGACACGGGAUAUUGUUGCACGCACCGUAAAUUACCGUGAACAGAACAAUGUUGUGCGUAAAGACUUCCUGCAACUUCUCUUACAAUUACGUAAUACCGGAAAAAUUAGUGAAGAUGAGAAUUGGUCAUUGGAUACAACAAGUGGGGAAACCAAGUCCAUGUCGAUUGAUAUGGUCGCAGAUCAAAGCGUAUUGUUUUACGUUGCCGGCAGUGAAACCACAUCGACUAAUUCCUCCUUUACGCUCUAUGAACUUUCCUUAUAUCCUGAACACUUGAAAACAGCUGUUGAGGAGGUAGAGUCUGUACUGACUAAGCACGGUUUGAAGCCUAGCGAUCCUCUUACCUACGAAGCCAUACAGGAUAUGAAAUUCAUAGAUCUCUGCAUGAAGGAAACUUUACGCAAGUAUCCCGGUCUGCCAUUUUUGAAUCGUGAAUGCACAAAGGACUAUAAAGUUCCAAACUCGGAUUUCACAAUCAAGAAAGGAACAUCAUUACUCAUUUCGCUCCUUGGCUUACAUUAUGAUCCAGAAUAUUUUCCUAACCCACAGACUUUUGAUCCAUAUCGCUUUACGGAAGAAAAGCAUAAUUAUAACGCCGACGCGUAUAUGCCUUUCGGUGAAGGCCCACAUCAGUGUAUUGCAAAACGAAUGGGUCUUCUUAACUCCAAGGUGGCCAUCAUCAAAGUGCUCGCGAAUUUCAAUAUUGAGCCGAAAGAACGAAAAGAGAUCGAAUUUGAUUGCAGUUUAGGUGUCGUAUUUUAUCCCAAAGGUGGAAUACAAAUGAAAUUAUCAAGAAAAGUUCAGUGAAAUAAGAAAAUGUUUAUCGUUAAGUUUGCUGUAAUAAUAAA